AUGGCCAUGGAGGGCAUGAGCGAAGCAAAGUUCGACGAGACUCUUGACCAGAUCAACCAAAACAUCAACGACGACGACAAAGAAUUGUUUGUCGCCAUUGUUGCUCUUGUCAUCUCCAUUGUCGCCUUGCUUGCAUCCCUCCUGCAAGUCGCACAACAAUACUUCGCCUCUGCCGCUGGCUAUUCAAGUUGUGGCAGCAAAGUGAUAGGGAAAUGGUCCGAAUCCAAGCAGCGCAAAAUCAAGUUCACCGAGUUCCGAUUCGAGGUUCUCUUCGAAGCUCCCGUUAUUUUCCUAUGCCCUCCAACGAAUAAGAAGGGCCCGGUCAAAGGCGAGUCCAUCAUAUUCAUCGACGGCUCGGAAAAAAGCUUGCUGGACAGCCGGUCAGAACUUCAAGACGAAAAGGGUGUUUCCGACAACAAGGAGAUCGCGAAACAGUCGGUCCACACGGCUGACAAUGAGCGGGCUUCGUGGGUGGCGCUCCUCUCCGCCCUGCAGGAAAUGGAACAUAAAUCUAGGGAAUGGCAAGAAAGACAGUACACCGAUGUAGUCUACGGGAAGCCACCAAAAGGAUCUGACCAGCUCGAGAAUCCGGAAAACGUCGCCAAUGUCCUCAAAGAAGUCAGCGAAAAGUAUACUCUGACGGUCGCCAUUCAGAAGAAACGUAGGAGCUGGGAUACAAUGCCGUCCAACGUCAAGAAGCCUUACGCCACAACGACGUGGUGCCAUAUGGUCGAAAUGCUAGCUAUGCUCGGCGUUUAUUGGGUCGAGUUCAACAGGACCAACGAUAGAUACCGCGCAGAGGGUAAUGGCUAUACUAUCACGGGGGAGAAAGUCAGUGAUCUUGGCAUCAUGUUCACGUUCCAGGUUUAUGGACGCAGUCGAUUCGAGAACAACCGUGUCAUACCCGUGGACGAGACCAAAGAGCUUUGCUUUGGCUUUCUCCCAACUAUCUACCGGGCAACAUCGGACAAUCGACGUCUAAAGUUCCCCAACGAUGAGCCUCGCGACUUGUCGACCUUGAACUUUGCUAGUAACCACGAAAUCGCCGAAACUCUAGUCUUGAUCGGCUGCAACACCAACACCGUCAAUUAUUUUUCCUCCACGUCCACGGCCAGGGUUGGGCAUUUGUUUCCUGUCGCUUUCGAGAUAGUAGGCAUGUUGGGACGUACACUUCACAUCGAGAAAAGCGCGUUUCGUCUACUGCCCAAUCCUACCCACUAUCGCUGGGACACGAAGAACUUCUCCCUGACCAGGCUGCUGGAGGCGUACACCAUGCAAAUGAACAAGCUCAAGUCGGAUCAGCCGAAUCCUAGCCUAGUGGGCCGAGCAAUUAGGAGGAACAUCCGUAAGAUCAAUGGGCUGAUCAAGAAGCACGCGGCCACCUCUGGCAAUUGGCCAAGCCUGCCCCUCAUGGAUGCUCUACACGAGGCUCUCAACGAUACCGAUGAGAUUCUGACGGCAAGGGCGAAAGUAUCUCGACCAACAGCGCCUCCACGGGUUGACUCGAUGAUGACUGGAAAGCCCUCGGUUUUUGAGCCAAAUUCUGAAGGGGCAAUUGAGAGCGCACGACGUGAGAUGGUUCAAGAUGUGUUACGCAGUCAUAUCCAGGAGGUCUUGGGAGGUUUCAACGAGAAGCCGGAAACGACAGCUCAAAAACCUCCCGGUGACGCCGCAUCGAUAGAAAACAGAGUAAGAAGUCAGCUUCGAUUCGAGGAUAUCGACGCUGCACCGCCAGAACUCAAGCAGGAGAAACUCAUGGAGGUCUAUUUCCGCUUGGUGCGGAGAAAGGUCAUCGAAGUGUCUCGAGAGUCGUCAGACAGGCGCGAACAGCCUAUUGUGGGUUUCGGCGGUCUCAAGAAACGGAACCAAACCAACUUCAGUACACGGACCGUUGAGACGAUAGACGACGAAGAACCAAUAUCGCUACACGAGUUGGGCGAGGAAGACGUUACCCACGAGGACAUCUGGUGCACGCUUAUUUUCCGGAUGAUUUGUUGGCUCAUGCUACACGAUUUUCACAAGAAAGACAUCCAGGUAUCAAAGAGCGAACUGUUGGGCAGCCGACUACCAGUCUACAUCUCCUAG